AUGGCUGCCUUCAAGAGACUUGUUCGUUUCGCUUCUCCUGGGUCGGGGAUCCAUUACGGGGAUCUACUGGAUGUCAUCGGAAAUCAACAUACAGUUCGUAGGCUGGAAGGAAACCCUUUCACAGGUCUGAAAGCAACAGGGGAAACACUAAAAGUUGACUCGCUGACAGUGCCCAAAUACCCCGUCAGCUUCAUCAAGCCUGCCGAUUCGCUCGCUGGCCCUUUUGAUGCGAUUAACAUCCAUGCUGAUGCGCGCGAGCUUCUCGAUUACGAAGGCGAACUCACCAUUGUGAUCGGAAAAGAUGCAAAAGAUGUAACAGAGGACACUGCACUAGAUUACGUUCUUGGAUAUACUGCUGGAAACGAUCUGUCUGCACGGAACUUUCAGCUCCCCGAAAAUUCUGGAGGGCAAUUCUGCUACGCCAAAUCUUUCGACAAGUUUGCGCCAAUUGGCCACACAAUCGUAGCCACAGAAACGAUCCCUGAUCCCCAAGCUCUGCGACUGACUACCAAGGUAAAUGGAGUGGUGAAACAAGAGACUAGCACUGCAGACAUGAUUUGGACGGUGCGCCAGAUCAUCACUCAUCUCUCUCGCGGCACGACCCUGCGCAAGGGAACUCUGAUCAUGACGGGUACGCCAUCGGGAGUUGGUUAUUUCAGGAAGGAGUUUCUGCGGGACAACGAUGUGGUUGAAGUGGAGAUUGAAGGCGUUGCGUCGACCAAAAACCGCAUCCACCACGGUUGA